CUCUCUCUCUCUCUCUCUUUGAAUCGGAUUAGUGUUGGGGAAGGGCAGCAACAGCCAUUGCAGCUGAAACACAUUUUCAAGAAUUUGAGCUGAGACCCAAUAAAUCCCGUCGCCGGCGGGAGGAGUACGAUGGGCAUUCAGGGACUGCUGCCGUUGUUGAAAUCGAUAAUGGUGUCCAUUCACAUCAAGGACUUGGACGGCUGUUGCGUCGCCGUGGACACCUAUUCUUGGCUCCACAAGGGCGCUCUCUCUUGUAGCAAAGAGCUCUGCAAAGGCCUCCCCACUUCCAAGCACAUUAGCUAUUGCAUGCAUAGAGUAAACUUGUUGCGGCAUUAUGGUGUUAAGCCUAUUAUGGUGUUUGAUGGAGGUUUCUUGCCAAUGAAGGGUGAGCAAGAGAAUAAGCGUGCAAGAAUAAGGAAGGAAAGUCUCUCUCGGGCCAUUGAGCAUGAAUCUAAUGGAAAUCAGUCUGCUGCUUAUGAGUGCUACCAAAAGGCAGUUGACAUAUCACCUUCAGUGGCUUAUGACCUGAUACAGGUCUUAAAACGGGAAAAUGUACAAUAUGUUGUGGCGCCAUAUGAGGCAGAUGCUGAAAUGACCUUUCUGGCAGUCAGCAAACAGGUUGAUGCAAUUAUAACAGAGGACUCAGAUUUGAUAGCCUUCGGGUGUCCUAGAAUCAUUUACAAAAUGGAUAAGUAUGGGCAAGGAGUCGAAUUUCAAUUUUCCAUGCUGCAACAGAACAAGGAUCUAAAUUUUACUGGUUUCACAAAGCAGAUGGUUCUUGAGAUGUGCAUAUUGAGUGGUUGUGACUAUUUGCAGUCUUUGCCUGGGAUGGGCCUCAAAAAAGCUCAUGCACUGAUGAAAAAAUUCAGAAGUUAUGACAAGGUAAUUAAGCACUUGAAGUACAAUACUGUUGCAGUUCCUCCACUUUAUGAGGAAUCUUUCAAGAAAGCGAUUAUGACCUUCCAGCAUCAAUUGGUUUAUGAUCCUGUUACUGAAGAUCUAGUUCACUUGUCUGAGUUACCAGCUGGUGCUGAUGAAGAUAUUGAAUUCCUUGGUCCAAUGCUACCUCCAGAAGUUGCUAAAGGCAUAGCAAGGGGUGACCUUGAUCCUUUAACCAAAAUGCCAUUUCAGGGAUCAAUUAGACUCAAAGAAUGCCCUGGCACUGAGUUGGAUUAUAGCCAAACUAAUCAGCUGAAGAACUUCAAGCUUGAAGGCCAAAGCAAAAAGCUUGAUUUGCCUGCACAAAAGAAUCUCCUAACCAACUAUUUUUGUAUUGCUUCCCUUGAAGCGAAAAAAAGUUUCAGGCCCCCUCGAAUCACCCCUAUUGAUCCAAAUCCAGAGGACGGAUCACCUAGUUCAUUGCUAGACUGUAAUGCAGGAGCUAAUUCAUGUGAAUUAGGGAGCUCACCAGUGUCACCGCCCGUGCCUCAGAAUUCGUCUGUUCUUCUGGAGGAAAACCGUGUAAAUAAAUUGAUGGAUGAUUCUACCACUGCAAAAAGUUCUUGCUUUUUGGAAACUAGUAUUGGAAUUCACGAGAAAGAAGACUUCACAAAUGGCCAAGGAACGCAAUCUGCUCCAUUUCAACAUUCAAUCUACAAGCCUUGUGUUGUGUUGCAUAAGGAGCGGGCUUCGGGUUUAGCCAAAAGCAAGAUUAUUACGGAGAAUGGAAAAGUAGUUGUAAGAAGUUCCUAUUUUUUGCCAAAGAAUGGGAAGGAAAAUAAUCAAGAAAGUGAGGUGGACUUGGAUGAAUCUGUUUCUGGUAAAUACCCUCGCAUUGUUUGUGAUGAAGAAUCCCUUUCUGCUUCAGAGGCAAGCAAAGGAAAAAUGCAAACAAUUUUCCGAAAACCUACUGUGAGGAGUUCCAAUUUUCAGCACAAUUCUGCAGAGGAAAAUGAUGAUAGCAAAACGAAAACAGAAAACAGAAGAGUUGUUGUAAGAAGCUCAUAUUUUCAGCAGCAGAGUUCAGUAAACAGAAAUGGCCAAGACGAAGAACAUGGAAAGCUCUUAGCAGAAGAAGCCACUGCUGAUGAGAUUUGUGACCCUGAGAAUUCUUUAAGCCAUGACUUCUACAAAGGAAAGUCGAGAAAGAGAAAGGUUACAUUCAAUAAUGAUAUCGAAACUGACACUGUAAGAGCUGGUAAUAUCUUGGCUGAUACUUCCCCAACAGAAGAUCAAAUAAAUCCCGCAACUGAUGAGUAUGGUUCAGCUACAGAACCGAAAUCUGAAGAUGGGAAGUUUGGUUCUAACAUUUCUCACAUAGGCCAGUAUUGCGAAAUAGCUGAAAAAUCAAUGGAAAGAUUUGUUUCAGUGAUCUCCUCAUUUAAAUUCACAUCAAAUGGUUCUCGUGCCAGUGGUCUUCGUCCCCCAUUGAAGGACAUCAGAAACGCAAGCCACAGCAGUUCAUCGAGGGAUAUGGAUCUCAACAAAUACGCGUAUCAACCAACCAAGCCAAGUCCAUAUUCAGUGCGUCGUAGAACCAAAAACUGAUACCAAUAUACAUACACAGAUACAUACAUUGAACAAGUAUGAGUUCAACCCUGCAGCUGUCACUGCUCAAAUAUUGUCUGUUUUAUAGGUGAGUGGAAUAAUAUGUUGUUUUUGUCUGUGCUGUAUUGUUUAACAGUUUAAGCAUCUUUUUUUCUUCAACUGUCUUUGUUUCUAUGAUUCCCAGGUUUCACUUUCUGCCUUGAAAUGGUCACAUGAUCACCCUUGAUUGUUGCCAAUGGCUCACAUCAGUCAUUGCAGGGCAUAUUCUUUUAAAUUUUUAUAUUUUGGAUAGGAUUUUUAGAAUUUAGAUGCAUUGAAACCUAAGUGCUUGUGGGUUUCACAUCAAUGGAAUUUAUUUUGUUUUCUGUGGGACUAUAUUUCAUGUGGAUAUAUCCUUUACAUGAUUGUGACAUCAAUAGUAAGGGCACGUAGUUUUGGUCAAUCCAAGUUAA